CGUAAAAGAAUUGAAAUGAUGGGUCUUCAAGCAACAAUAAAAACUACAAAACGCAAAUAUGAAAUUGAAGCGGAUUGCGAGGCUGAGAAAAAGGAAGCAUCGCCACCUAAGGCAAUCAAAUAUUCAGUAUCGAAAGCAGUCACAAAUAAUAAAGUUACUUCAACUAAGGAUAGUUUGAAAUCAGAUACUGACAUCAUACCACCUGAAACUCAUCAAUGGCCCAACGAGCCUAUCGUAGAUAGUAUUAGUAAAUUACAAGCUGUAACCGAAACAUGGAACAGCAAUUCUCUGUCUUCAACUCCAUUUAAUUCCACUUCAAACACUCUGUCAUCAUUGGCACAAACAGCAGAAAAUAUAACCAGGUCAACUCUUGCGACGACAUUGCUAGAUCAGGGCGAUCUAAUGGAUUCAGAUGAAGAUGACUUCCAAGAAGAUUUUGACUUUGAAAGUGACGAUGAUGAACUAUUAGAUGAUCAAACAAUGUUAACAAAUCAGAAUUAUGCACCGAUUCGUUACCCAUCUCCAUCACCAUCAAGACAAAAUUAUAUUCCGGCAUCCCCAAAACCUGGAUACACACCCGAGCCUUAUCAAAAUUGUUCGCGAACUCCAACAGCAGCAACUCAAUUUAAUAAUGGCCCACCUCAUCAUCAAUCACCCUUAAGACCGUCUUUUUUCAACGGUACUAAUAAUGGUAAUGGCAGCUGGAAUUAUUACAAUCAUCAACACUAUGACUUAGCACCAACUCAACAGCCACAAACAAUUCGUUGUGCGGAGAAUGGAAAAUCAUAUUUCGAACUUGGUAGCUCAAAUUAUUGUGGUCCUAAUCGAAUGUGCAACGGUGGACUUGGAAUGAUGAAGAAUUGUUGUGAAGGAAGAAAUAAUCUUUGGUGUACAGCGAAGCAAUGUUAUAAAGAGAAACGUUUGAAAAUGAUGAACCUUUCAAUGUUUAAGCUCGCUCGCUUCCGUCAAGCGUCCGAUCAGUCUCUUUACCGUUCAGUAUUAAUUUGUAACACACUUAAAUCACUUGAGAAAGAAAUUGAAUUAGAGAAUCAAAUUUAUCAUCAACGACUUCAACAUCAUCAUCGACAAGCACUCCAUCAGAACCAGGCAAGCAUAGAGUAUAGUCAAACAUUUGCUCGACCCGGUGCUGACUCGAAGCAACAACAAAACAAUAAUCUUAGCAAUGAAAACAGUAUGAUAAAUUGUAAUAGUAAUUUAAAUGCAUGUAACAACAGUUUUUCACAACCUUACAACACUAAUAAUUGCAUAAUUAAUCGAAUUUCAUCGUUUAAUGAGCCCAUACCGUAUGAGCAUCAUCCCCUUAAAGAUCCUUCAAGUGGUAGAGCAACACCUUUUCCAUCACCAGGAAUUUCAUCUUUAGCUGCUCAGAAUAAUGUUAAUGACACAGAUUCAGCGUUUGGUGAUGUUGAUGAUGUUGAUAGCGUUAGUACAAGAAGCAUUGAUUGGGGAUCAGUAUUGAGUCUUUCAUCCCAAUCAGCCUUAGAUCCAUUAAGCAAUAAUGAUAUUUUCACUAAUCCAACAUCAUCAAGUACGACAUCAUCAACAACGCAAAACUCUACCACGAUUACUAACUUGAACAUUACUAUUUCUAAUGGAUGUGGAAAUGUAUCAAGUAAUUCAAAUACUCCUUCGAGCUCAUCUGUAUCAACGCCGAUAUCCUCCAUUAUAACGACGCUGACAACUGUUAGUAGUUGUUCACUCGAAUCACUCACGGCCUCAUCAAUUUCUGUAUCGCCUAAUGUAUCCAACUCAAAUUGGGAUUUUCCAUAUCUUGAAACUGAGUCAUCAAAUAACUCCGAGUUUUACGAGUUAAAUUGUUAUAAACUUGCAUCGGCCUUGAAUUCGAUGGAUGAUUUUGUGAAGUCUGAUCCUUUAGUAACACCAGUUUCAUCUGUGUCACCAUCAAAUACAAACGAGCUCGAACAAGUCUUCUCAAAAAUGACUAAUAAGCAAAUGCUUCUUUGCUAUAAUAAAGGAUGCCAGAAGGAAUUCGAUGUGAAUGAUAAUGGAGAAGAUAAAUGCUGUUUCCAUCCAGGUCAUCCAAUUUUUCAUGAUGCUUACAAAGCUUGGUCAUGUUGUAAUAAGAAGAGCAUUGAUUUCACAGAGUUUCUAAAUUACAAAGGGUGUACGAUUGGAAAACAUUCGAAUGUGAAGCCAUUAGAACCAGAAAAGAAGAAAGAAAAAGAUGUUCCAAUUAUAGUAGAGAAAAAGGAAGUUAAAGUUGCUAAAGAGAGGCCACCUUUUGAUUCACCGUGCACGAAACUGGAACCAACAAUCAGUCCUUCAUUUAAAAAGCAAAUGGAUAAUCUGGAUCUGACUAAGAAUACUCAAAUUUCAUCAGAUGGAUCUAUUCCAAUAGGAACAAUGUGUAAACAUGGUGGCUGUAAAUCAUCUUACGAAUCAAAAUAUUCUGAUGAUGAAAUUUGCCUAUUCCAUCCUGGGGUUGCAAUUUUUCACGAAGGAUACAAAUAUUGGUCAUGUUGUCAGAAAAAAACAAGCGAUUUUACUUCAUUUUUAAAUCAAGAAGGAUGCGAAACUGGAAAACAUAAAUGGAUUCAAGACGAGGAAUCAAAAAAAGUAAAUUGUCGAUGGGAUUGGCAUCAAACAGGUUCAACUGUUGUUGUUGCCGUUUAUGCUAAAAAUUAUGAUUACAGGAAAAGUUUUGUCAAUGUGAAUCCCAUUCGGUUGACUGUGAAAUUGAUUUUUCCACAACAAGAUGAUGCUGAGUUUAAUAUUGAUCUAGAAUUGAGAGGAAUAAUCGAUGUACCAAAAACGACAGCGAGUAUGUUUGGAACUAAGAUUGAAAUCUCAAUGACCAAAGCUGAAGGUGGUCAGUGGCUGAAACUUGACUAUCCUAGAGAGAACCCUGGUGAAAAAGAAAAGCAAGAUCCACCAGCUGUUACUGCAUCAAUUUUAGAGCCUGAAAAGAAACCACCUCUAUGUGAAGAAGAAAACGUUUCGGAUAUUGAUUUGGAUGAUAUUGAGUUGGUUGAAGGUGCAAAAAUCACUGAAUUGGGUGAACUUGCUAGAACAUGUCAUUUUCUUUUACUUCAACUUCCUGACAUUUUCACAAUAAAAAAUAACGCACAAAAAGAUUUUGAAUUUUAUAAAAAAAUGAAUUUUGCAAAAAUGAUGGUUCGCUCACCGAUUUUGAGAUUCUUUUCCAGCGAAAUCCCUAGAGUUGAGAAAACUGUGAAUACUGUAACAUUGCUGGGAAGAGUUGGAGCAGAACCACAAAAGAGAGGAUCUGAAGAACAUCCAGUUAUGACAUUUUCACUUGCGACUCACAAUAACUACAAAUAUGAAAGUGGUGAUUGGGUUCAGCGAACAGAUUGGCAUCGUAUUGUUGUUUUUAAGCCAACACUUCGUGAUUCAGUUCAACAAUAUUUAAAGAAAGGCCAAAGAACUCUUGUGACAGGAAAAAUAUCUUAUGGAGAAAUUACUGAUCAAGAAGGCAAAACACGUUUGAGCACCAGCAUAAUAGCCGAUGAAAUAAUCUUUUUCCAAAAUCAUGAAGAGGAUCAAAAUAACGAGUUAGAGGCUCUUGAAAGCAUCUAUUAUAACGAAUUGGAAGUCAUCGAAAGAGAACCAAGAAUAAAAUUCAAGAUUGGAAUAUCAACUGAGGAAUUUGUUGAAACACAAGAUGGUCUUAGUUGUGAACUUCUCUUUACGUUCACAUUAAAAUAUCCUGAUGAAGCUCCAUUACUUGAUAUUGAAAAUGAUAACUUUGAUGAUGAGGUUUUAAGAGAAAAACUUAUGGACAACAUGAAAUCAGUAAUUGAGGAAAAUAUUGGCAUGGAAAUGAUAUUUACUUUAGUAGCUGGAGCUCAAGAGCUAUUGAAUACUCUUUUCGAUGAAAUGAAAACAUCAAGGGAAGAAGCUAAACAGAGGAAAGAACAAGAAUUGGAGGAAGCUGAGCGGAAAAGAUUCGAAGGAACAAGAGUGACUGUUGAGACGUUUAUGAAUUGGCGUAAUGAAUUUGAAAAAGAAAUGGGAAUUGCCGAGAAGAAAGCAAAGGAAGUGGAAGUUAAUCGGAAGUUGACCGGUCGUGAGCUCUUCAUGCGGGAUCAAAGUCUCAUCGAUUCUGACAUCAUCUUCCUUCAACAAGCUGGUGAUUCUAUUGAUAAUGUGAAAAUCGAUGAAAGUUUAUUCCAAGCACUUGAUCUUGAUGGAGAAGACUUGCCUUCAGAUGACGACUCUGAUGAUCCCGAUUUCAAACCUUAAUAGUUUAUUGUCCGCUUCUCGAUAUUUCUUACAAAAAUAAAUCAACAUUGUUAAUCGUUUUAUCUUUUGCAAUGCAAAUUUUUAUUUAUUUCUUUAUGUUUUAUUCAAUUUCCUUUCUUUAAGAAGAUUUAUUAAAUUUUCAACUGAUUCAAUUCCACCAGGAAUUUUCUCGUUAAUUGCGUCA